AUGUCGACACCAUCGGCGACCGCCACAGAUGUGGUACCAAGCGGAAGCCGUACAUCCACAGUGUCGGCAGAGAUAACUUCAGCGCCGACAGAUUCUUCGUCUAUAUCGGCAUCAGUGACUUCUUCAAGUAACUCGUCGUCGUCGAGUAGACCACCACAAGUCUACACCGUCAAGGCCGGUGCUGGAGGAUUCAAGUUCGACCCCCCGGAGCUCAAAGAUGUCAAUGUCGGCGACACGGUCACAUUCGAGUUCUACCCACCCGACCACUCGGUCGCACGCGCAGAGUUCGAAUCGGCCUGCGUGCCGUACGAGUACACCGGGAAGGGCAAGACGGGCUUUUGGUCGGACACACAAUGGGUGAAGGAUGUCGAUCACCUCACAUACUUCAACGUAACCGUCAACUCAACCGAGCCCAUCUUCUACUAUUGUGGAGCCCCAGAUUCCUGCAUUGGCCACCAAAUGGUCGGCGUCAUCAACCCAAACGACACUCAAACCCUUGACAAGCAAAUCAUCGCCGCGAAGGACGCUACCUUCAUGGUCAAGCCCGGCGACCCCAUCCCAGCCGAAGCCUCCGCUUCCCUCCAUGCCUCCGCUACAGCCACAGCAGCACCAAGUUCCCACAGCGGACACACCCUCUCAGGCGGCGCCAUCGCCGGCAUCGUCGUCGGCGGCAUAGCCUUCCUCGCCAUAUGCGCCGCCCUCUUCUUCUACGUCGGCCGCACAAAGAGUCUAAAAGAAGUCAUCAAGCACCGCGAAGCCGUCAAGUCUCCCGCGCCAACAGACGGCCACUUCCCCCAUUCGCCGGGAUAUUCUCCCCUGCCGUUCUCACCCAAUAUGCAGCAUGCGGAGAUGGGCAUGGGAGGGCAGCAGUUGCCGGCGUAUGGGCAGCACAAUGCUACUGACAGUCAUUAUAAUGCGUAUGCGCAUCAAGGGUCGCCGCAGCCGCAGUAA